GCCGUCGCAGAGUCCCCGCGGGUCUCAGAACGACAGUCUGCUCGGCUCCGGAGAAGCGGCGCCUUGCGCGCCGCGCUGGGAUGGGCGGCCCGGCGACCUAGCACCCGCCCGCGGCAGGAUGCCCGGCGGGCAGCUGGGGCGGGGCGGGAGCGGCGAGCGGGCAGCGCGGCCCGGAUCCCCGGUGCCCGGAACCCCGGUGCCCGGAACCAUGAGCGCCGAGCCCAUCUGCAGCGCGCUGCCCGCCGUGCCCUCGCACAAGCUCGCCGACCUGCGCUUCCUCAGCCGCGGCGCGUCCGGCACUGUGUCGUCCGCGCGCCACGCCGACUGGCGCGUGCAGGUGGCGGUGAAGCACCUGCACAUCCACACCCCUCUGCUCGACAGUGAAAGAAAUGAUGUCUUAAGAGAAGCUGAAAUUUUACACAAAGCUAGAUUUAGUUACAUACUUCCAAUUUUGGGAAUUUGCAAUGAGCCUGAAUUUUUGGGAAUAGUCACUGAAUACAUGCCAAAUGGAUCAUUAAAUGAACUCCUACAUAAGAAAACAGAGUACCCGGAUGUGGCCUGGCCCUUGCGGUUCCGCAUCCUGCAUGAAAUCGCGCUGGGCGUGAACUACCUGCACAACAUGACCCCUCCCCUCCUUCAUCAUGACCUGAAGACACAGAACAUCCUCCUGGAUAAUGAAUUCCAUGUCAAGAUCGCAGAUUUUGGGUUGUCCAAAUGGCGCCUGAUGUCCCUGUCCCAGUCACGAAACAGCAAAUCUGCACCAGAAGGAGGCACAAUUAUCUACAUGCCGCCUGAGAACUACGAGCCUGGGCAGAAGUCCAGGGCCAGCGUCAAGCAUGACAUAUACAGCUAUGCAGUUAUCACAUGGGAAGUCUUAUCCAGAAAACAGCCUUUUGAGGAAGUGACCAAUCCUUUGCAGAUUAUGUAUAGUGUGUCACAAGGACACCGACCCGACACUAGUGAAGAAAGUCUGCCAUUUGAUAUACCUCACCGAGCACUGAUGCUCUCGCUCAUAGAAGGCGGGUGGGCACAAAACCCCGAUGAAAGGCCGUCCUUCUUAAAAUGUUUAAUAGAACUUGAGCCAGUUCUGAGAACAUUUGAAGAGAUAACUUUUCUUGAAGCUGUUAUGCAACUAAAGAAAACAAAGUUACAGAGUGCUUCGAUUACUAGUCACUUCUGUGACAAGAAGGAAACGGAGUUACCUCUGAACAUAGCUCUAAGUCAUGGUCCACAGGAGGAAUCGUGUGGAUCUUCUCAGCUCCAUAAACAGAGCGAGAGCGGUUCUCCCGGAACUGCUCAGUCCCUGUCAGCUCCUCAGGACAAUGGCUUGUUACCCGGGAAAACCCAGGACCUGCCCACGCUGCACCACUGUCCGGCGAAUCACAGCUGGGACAGCGGCGUGUCUGCGGCUCAGAGGACGACACUCUGUGAGCACAGGACGGCCCCGCACUCUUUAGCGGUCAUAAAUCCACUGUCAGCCGAGGGGCAUCCAGCCCUGCUCUGUGCAGAGCGCUCACAGCCUGGCCUGGCCCAGCAGUGGAUCCAGACCAGAAGGGAGGACAUUGUCACCCAGAUGACAGAAGCCUGCCUGAACCAGUCCCUCGACGCCCUUCUGUCCAGGGACCUGAUCAUGAAGGAGGACUAUGAACUCGUCAGCACCAAGCCCACGAGGACCGCCAAAGUCAGACAGUUACUGGACAUCACUGACAUCCAGGGCGAAGAGUUCGCCAGAGUCAUAGUACACAAGCUGAAAGACAACAAGCAGAUGGGUCUUCAGCCCUACCCGGAAAUGCUGAUGCUUUCUCAACCGCUGUCCCUAUUUCAAAAUAAAAGCCUAUAGUGACCCUUUUUCAAGAAGAACAGUUUAUUAAAAGAAAGAUCACUUAGCGUGAUCCUCAGAUCAGUAGACUAGGAUCUACAGCUCAGCUCUUUAAGGAAGAACUUCAGAGGGACAGACACUUGCCUGAUAACAACAGAAGCAGAGCUGAUGGGGACGAGAAAAGAAGCAAGACUGACCGCUGGACGUUACACUAAGGAGACUGGGAGUCCAGCGGGCGUGCCAAGCAGUGAGCUGGUUUUCAUUUCCCUCUUUUGUCGUUAAUCCGCUGCCCACUCUCCACCCCCUCAGUCAAAUACUCAAUUUUCUAAUUCAUGAAGGAAAAUUAUGACCCAUCGGGAGAACAGGAGAGUCAGUAAAUGCUCACGUUUGGCCCGCCUCACAAGCAUCUCCUUAGUUUCGGAAGUUCGCUUCCUCUAAAAUCACACCUUGCCUCAUUCCCAAACUACCUCCGCGUUUUCGCUCCCUCUCCACUGGAUCAUUUUUUUUCAAUUUCAACGCAGAUUUCCUUUAAAAACAGAACUCCUUUGCUUCACUGUCUAUCACUUUUCAUCCUCUUCCUGGAAAAUUAUUCUAACCACCUUUAUACUCUUGUUACCAAUUUUCAUCUUAAUUAUUUAAAAUUUGAUGCCAUACAAUUAAUGACUCUCUGGUUUGAAAGGAACAAUUAUGCCCCGGAUAUGCCUCAAAUUUCUCUACAACAGAGAUGUUAAACAGACAUGUGUCUUAUGAUCCAAAACUUCCACUGAUGGGGAAACUUACUGCCCAGUCAGGUAGUGGCUCGUCCCCGACUGCUCUAUCAGAUAAUCCUUCCUACAUGAUUUGAAAAUCACUCUCCCUACAGUCUGUACCCACUGGUCCCGUUUCAAACCUUGGGAUGGUGUAUAGAGUAAAUCUAAUGCCUCCCCCAUAGGACAGCCCUUCAUGUAUUUCGAGGCAACUUUCCUGUUCCUGGUGACUUUUUUCUGCUUCCAAAUAAUCCCUUCUUCCUUCAGUGGCUAUUUAAGAAGCAUGAUCUAUAUUCAUCUUCAAGUAUGGUACCCGUAGCUGGCACGAGGCGCUAAUCUAGUUCGGUCUCAGCAGCACCAUGGGCAUAUCUCCUCCCGUAUAAUUAACAUACUGUAGCCACUUAUUAGCAGUCACAUGUCAUUGUUGAAUUGAUAUUUAACUGCCAGCUAAAAAUCCUGUCUUACUACGCUGUUUUGCCUUAUUUCUCCUUAUUCUCAGAGUUGACUGAGUGGGAUUUUUAGGCCCAUAUAUAGUGGUCUGCCUUUAUCUGUUUUUAAUUUUUCUGACUUCAUCUCUAGUUCCAGUCAUUCAAUAUAGUUUGAUUCCUAAACCUGGAAUCUCCCAGCACAUCAUCCACAAAUAUGAUCCGUUACAGGAGCCGUUACAGGAGCUCGGCUUUUCUGAGUCCAGCGGGGGGACUAAGAUUGUGCUGAAGCCCCAGGAAGGAAACAGGAGGUGGGUGCCUCAGCUCAGGGAGGACUGAUUCCUAAGGAAACCACCUGACAGUGCUCUUCACGCUGGUAAGAGGCUUCUCUAACCAAAAUAGUUUCCCAUGGGGAAAACCAUAUCCCUUUCUUUUGCAUUUCCUGUCCCAAACCACAAGCCCUGCUCCCUAAGUCUGUUCCUCUAAGACAGAAAUGCCCCCUGGCCACCCCCAUGACCUGGGCAGAACCUGCGUCUUGCUCUGGUCUGGCCUGAGCAGACAAUCCCACUUCAGCUACUCACAUACCUCUCCUGUGCCACUAAGCUGACUCUGCUGAUGACAUUUUCCAACUAGAAGGGGCAGGGGCAGGCCUGGGUUUUCCCCAGGAGGAGGAAGUGUGACUCUUUUUAUCAGUUACCAGUCACAGCAACAUAGCUCUUUGAUUGUCUGAACAGAAGGAAAAAUAUCAGGGGUUAUACCUUUUCUUUCUGGAAUUUCUCAUCGCUUUUCUUAAAAACCAAGUGGCAUACCUAAUGCACAUGCUCCGUGAAACCUUUCUUGAACUUUCAAAGACAUGGUUCUUUACUGAUUUAUGAGGUGUUAGGACUCAGAGUGCAGCUUAAUGACCAGGUGUUCUGAUUGUUCAGAAGGGACACCGAGUGAGUGGAACCUGGAUUUAUUUUCCCACACUUCAUCAGUCAGAAAUUAAUCUCCGUUCUGUGGACCUUGUGCUCCUAUAUGAGUUAUCAUAUGAAGACAAAACUGAGCAGCUCAUACACUGGGCCCUCCCAUAACCCAGAGGGGGAACCUAGGCUUUGCAUAGGCUUCAGACCUUAAUUCUUCGUUUUCCAAUAUUUAUUUUCUUUAUUUAUUUUUCUUGGUGUGAACAUUUAAGUUCUACUCUCUUAGCAAAUGUCAAUCUUACAGUACAGUGUUGUCACCAUGUUUUACACUGGAUCCUAAGACCAUCUUCAUUUUAAAGCUGAAAGUCUGUACCCUUUACCAGCCUCUCCCUAUUUCUGCCACCCCCUAACCUCUGGCCACCACCUUUCUGCUCUGUCUCUAUCAAUUUGACCUUUUCUUUUUCUUUUCUUUUUUUUUUAAGAUUUCACAUAUGAGUGCAUGCAGUAUUUGUCUUUCUCUGUCUGACUUAUGUUACUUAGCAGCAUGCCCUCAAGGUGCAUCCAGCUUGUCUCAAGUGGUAAGAUGUCCUUUUUAUGGCUGAGUAAUAUUCCAUUGUUAUAUACAUACACUUCUUUAUCUAUUCAUCUGUUGCUGAACAUUUAGGUUGUUUCACUUAUCUGGGCUAUUGUGAAUAAAAUUUUCUCUUAAAAUAGAAGAACUAUGCCAUUUUCUGUACUAUUUCUAUACUGUUCCUAUACUGUUUUGAAAAUCCUUUUACUGCUGUGAUUUGUUUCUCAUUAACAAUGAGUUUUCAGUGAUUUGUGUGAUAUGUCUGGUCUGGGUAAAGGAAUUUCAGAGCCUCAUAAAUACAGACUG